GUCCAGCAGCCUGCAGGUGUCUCCCAUUAGAGGCAAUGCUCCUCUGGCUCCAUCCUACAUUGUACCAUGUGCCUUUUCAUCGAGCAGAUGUUCAUUUACUUUCCGUACUGUUUGAGAGGCAGACCUUCUAUGAUACUCUCAGUACGUAUUCAACUCACCACAGACAGGAAAACUGAGGCAGGGAGAUACUGAGAAAUACAGAUAAAGAGAAAGAGAGAGAGAGAAGGAAAUUUUCCAUUGCAAAAUAAUCACACUUUUUAAAUGGAAUCUCCUGUUAUUAACCUCACUGUGCAUAAAAAAAGAUGGAAGGCUGGCUGCAGUCUAUGACCUGCUUAGGGUACAGCAACAGAUUACUUCAAGUUCAUCACCUGUAUUCCCUACAUGUUAUGCUCUCAGUUUAGGGUGCUUACAGCUUGUGGAUACGGGAUAACUUUACUAAUAAUAUUAUUCUUUGUUUCUGGGUUGGAGAGCAGCUGGGAUGAAGACUUCCAGAAGAUGCCGAGCUUUGCUUGCAGUUUGCCUCAACCUGGUCGCUCUCCUGUUUUCUACAACAGCCUUCAUUACAACUUACUGGUGUGAGGGGACACAGAGGGUACCCAAACCAAACUGCAGCAAGGGAAAGAAGACAAACUGUAUUAACUACAAUGGCAAUGAUACAUCAAGUGACGCAAAUCAAAAUGUAGUGCACUACAGCUGGGAGACAGGGGAUGACAGGUUUCUCUUUAGGUACUUUCAUACUGGUAUAUGGUACUCAUGUGAGGAGAAUAUUAAUGGAGCUGGUGAGAAGUGUCGCAGUUUCAUUGACCUAGCUCCUGCCUCAGAGAAAGGUGUCCUCUGGCUGUCAGUUGUGUCUGAAAUACUGUACAUCAUGCUGUUAAUCGUGGGAUUCAGCCUAAUGUGCCUGGAACUCUUUCAUUCAAGUAAUGUGAUAGAUGGUCUCAAACUCAAUGCAUUUGCAGCUGUCUUCACAGUGCUUUCAGGUCUCCUUGGUAUGGUGGCACACAUGAUGUACACUCAGGUCUUUCAAGUCACAGUCAGCCUUGGCCCUGAAGACUGGCGACCCCAUUCAUGGGACUAUGGUUGGUCCUUCUGCCUUGCAUGGGGCUCAUUCACAUGUUGCAUGGCCGCCUCUGUGACCACGCUGAACUCUUACACAAAGACUGUCAUUGAGUUCCGGCACAAACGCAAGAUAUUUGAACAAGGCUUCCGGGAGGAUCAGACCUUUAUAGACCAAGAGGCUAUCAAGUACUUCAGAGAAAGGCCUGUGCAGUCAAUCUCUAGCUCAGUGGAAGUUUUUGCAGACACAGCAACAAACACAGGAAAGUCUGCAAUAUCGACUUCGGCAGAAUUGGGAGAAAUUCCUGAUACUUUGGGGGAGGAUCAGUGCUAAGGCACAUAUUAUCAGAAUGCACUACAUUUUUCCAUUUGUCCUCCCUGUUUAAAUAUAAUGACAAUGAGCAUAUGCAUAUAUCCAUUUGGAUAUCAAUAAUCUUUAAAAAAAAGUGGACUCCAGCUUAUGAGCCAGACAGGCCAGUCUUACAGCUUUGAUGUAUACAGACAAGGGAACCAGUGCUACAAAUACAAGAUAUUUAAGCCAAUCAAAUAGCAAACAAGAACAGAUUAUAUAUUUCAUUUCUCUUUUGUCACUGUUACAGAUCCCAUUUAAGGUGUUGAAUUCCUAUAUUUUGAAAGUGAGCAAUCAGUUCAUAGCCUUAUUAAUUUCUGAAGCCUUUUACAAAGUGUAGAGUAUUUAAAUGAAUAAACUGUAUGGAUUUUUGUUUAUGGAGUAUACACAAACAUGAAGAUGCAUUAAUUCCAAAUGUGCAUAAAUAAAUGUGUGUAUGUUUGUGAGAAGAAGGUCUGAAGAGAGUAUGGAAUACAAGAACCCUCUAUGUGCCUGUGUGGGUAUGCAUGUGUGCAUGCAUGCAUGUAUAUGUGCAUGUGUGUGUGCGUGUGUGUGUGUGUG